AUGACCUCGAAUUCCAAUCCAGGCAACUUCUCCAACCGCCCACGAGAGGAAGUGCGAAACAUCGGUAAAUUGGGUGGUCAGAGCAGCCACCAAGGCGGUUUUGCCAGCAUGGACCCUGAACAGCAGCACAACAUUGCUUCCCAGGGAGGACAGGCCUCGGGUGGAUCUUUCCAGCCUGGCGAUCCGCGCGCUCGUGAAGCUGGACGCAAAGGUGGCUCUCGCACCAAGGAUGACUACGAAGUUGAGGAAUAA